AUGCAGUUGUCAACGUCCAGCGAUGUUGUACCAGUUCUUCUGUCGCCAGUACUCUCUCGACCUGUGCGUUCACUGUCGUCAUGUUCACAUCAGUACGCGUUCUUCAGACAGCCGGCCAUCUCCGAUAGCGAACCCGAGCUGAGCGCUGUGCUCGGCGGCGCUCCUCUGGCCGUAGUCCCUAGCAGCCACUCGACUGCUGGUUUGAUGGCGCCGAGCCGAGGUCGUAAGCUACGCUUGUCCACGUCAUCACGACCGUCCGCCGAUUCAUCCGGUUCUCUGCAAACCCCACCGAGAAGUAUCUCUCCGCUGGCGCUUCCACCUGGUGUUGGAGGUGCAUCGGGACUCGUCCAACCGCCGUUGCCUCACAUGUCGUGUUGUGUGGCCACCGGCCUGGCACGUCAUUCGCCUCUAUCGCAAUCCAUGUCGUUGCUCUCAAAA